AUGACGACUCGAAUUGCCCCCGGUGUGGGAGCCAAUUUGCUCGGCCAACACGCAGCUGAGAGGAAUCAAGACGCCACUGCUUAUGUCGGCAAUCUCGACCCUCAGAUUAGCGAGGAGUUAUUGUGGGAGUUGUUCGUUCAGGCGGGUCCAGUGGUUAAUGUCUACGUUCCGAAGGACAGAGUGACCAACCAACAUCAGGGUUAUGGAUUUGUUGAAUUCCGGAGUGAAGAAGAUGCUGACUAUGCCAUCAAGGUUCUAAACAUGAUUAAGCUUUAUGGGAAACCGAUCCGUGUGAAUAAGGCAUCUCAAGAUAAAAAGAGCUUGGAUGUUGGUGCAAACCUUUUCAUCGGCAAUCUUGAUCCUGAUGUAGAUGAGAAGCUCUUGUAUGAUACUUUCAGUGCAUUUGGGGUUAUUGUUACUAAUCCAAAGAUCAUGAGAGAUCCUGAGACAGGAAAUUCUCGUGGUUUUGGCUUCAUCAGCUAUGAUUCAUUUGAGGCAUCUGAUUCGGCCAUUGAGGCGAUGAAUGGACAGUAUCUUUGCAAUCGUCAAAUUACAGUGUCAUAUGCUUAUAAGAAAGACACUAAGGGCGAACGGCAUGGUACCCCUGCAGAAAGAGUUUUGGCUGCAAGUAAUCCAACUGCACAGAAGAGCAGGCCUCAUACUUUAUUUGCCAGUGGACCUCCAACACUUCCCAGUGUUCCUCAGGCUAAUGGGGUUGCUCCAGUGCCUCCCCGUCCCUUUGCCAAUGGGGUCGCUCCUGGUUCGAUUCCUGCCCUCCGUCCACCACCCCCUCAAGCUGCUGCAUUCCAGCCUAUGCCGGUGCCUGGACAACCAACCUGGCAUCAGCAACAGCCAGGUCAAACAAUCUUACCACCGGCAAUGCCACCUCCACCUCAAGUUCAGCAGUUCAGGCCACCGCACCCUGGUAUGCAGCAGAUGCCACCACCUCCGCAAGCUCCUCCCAGGCCUCUUCCACCACCUGCAAUAAUGGCAAGUCAGCCACCACCUGUUUGGCGUCCACCACCACCUCAGCAUCAGGGUGGACGGCCUAUGCCAUACCCUCAGUCUAUGCCCCCGCCACCACCUCCCCAGUAA